UGGUGUCGUACCGAUGGGGCUGUGCUUCCCCUGCCCGGGGGAGUCAGCGCCUCCCUCGCCGAACCUGGUCGCCUGCUUAGGCUGAGCGUGCCGUGUCUGCGCCUUUGGUGGCGUAGUAGGUGGAGUUUGGAUGCAGAAAGAGCUCUUUUCUCUCCAAGUGAAGCGUUGUUCUGGCAGAUGUGCAUUUUCAUGUGUCUGUACCAGCUGCUUAAAGAAGGAAGAGAAAAGAGCAAAGCUCGCAGAAGCUGCAGAGAGAAGACAAAAAGAGGCUGCAUCCCGGGGAAUACUGGAUGUUCAAUCUGUGGAAGAAAAGAGAAAGAAAAAGGAAAAAAUAGAAAAGCAAAUGGCUACAUCUGGGCCCCCACCAGAAGGUGGCCUUAGAUGGACAGUUUCAUAAAGCAUACCAUGAGUGGAACCAUCUACUGUCAGUAACUUAAUAUCUACAAUCAAGUGGACUCUUCAGUUUAAUUUCUUCUCUUUGAAUAAAUGAAGACUUAGACUUUG